AUGGAGCCAGAAACAGAGUCUGUAUGUUCUGUUUUCCAGGAGCCUCGGAAAAGUGAUACUGCGGGACGUACGGGGGACUGCAUUUUGAGUGACAAUGAGGAAGAGAGGGGCAUUCCGGGGAACCUUAAGAAAGACUUCACUACUGCUUCACUACUGCUUCAGCUACCUGAAGCCCACAGCUUAAGCUGUGGGGCAGCCCGUAAUAAACCCCCUCACCAAAAAGGAGCCUCCAGGAAACUCGCCGUCAUCGCUGAUGGUCAGAAACCCUUCAAGUGUACAGAAUGUGGGAAGAGCUUAAAGGGAAGCACCAUGCUCCUGAAUCACCUGCAAACCCACACAAGAGAAAAAGCGUUUGAGUGUGAAGAAUGUGGGAAGAGCUUUAGCAGGAAGGCCAACCUGGUGGUGCACCAGAGAACCCAUACGGGGGAGAGGCCUUACAAGUGCAAGGAAUGUGAUAAAAGCUUUAGUCAUCCCUCAAGCCUUAUUGCUCAUCGCAAAACCCAUGUGAAAAAGAAAGGCUCUUUCUGCACCAUGUGUAGGAAAAGCUUCAGUGAAAGCGCAGCUCUCUUCCAGCAUCAGGGAGUCCAUACAGAUGAGAAGCCCUGUAGGUGUACCAAGUGUGGAAAUAGCUUCUGUCUGUGCUCAAACUUCAUCGAUCAUCAACAGAUUCAUUUGAGAGAGAGACCCAGUGAGCACACAGCAGGUAACUGA